UCUUGAACGCGGCACGGCUCGCGCGCACCAUGAACCGGAAGAAGUUGUAAUCGUUAUAUCCCACAAUUCCUUUCUGCGACUUCCUCUUUCCCUGCCGCAGCAAUGUCUAAGAGAGGACGUGGAGGUUCAUCUGGAGCCAAGUUCCGCAUCUCACUGGGUCUCCCAGUGGGAGCGGUCAUCAACUGCGCUGACAACACAGGUGCCAAGAACCUGUACAUCAUCUCUGUGAAGGGCAUCAAGGGACGUCUGAACCGUCUGCCUGCUGCAGGAGUGGGUGACAUGGUCAUGGCCACAGUGAAGAAAGGCAAGCCAGAGCUCAGGAAGAAGGUGCAUCCUGCAGUGGUGAUACGGCAGCGGAAGUCGUAUCGGCGAAAAGAUGGUGUGUUUCUCUACUUUGAAGACAACGCAGGUGUCAUAGUAAACAACAAAGGAGAAAUGAAAGGUUCAGCCAUCACAGGCCCAGUGGCCAAAGAGUGCGCUGACCUUUGGCCCAGGAUCGCCUCAAAUGCUGGCAGCAUAGCCUGAGCUGGACCUGCACCUCUGUUUGUUUUCAAUAAAAAACUGUUGGUAAAUCAA